CGCGAAAAUUCGAAACCACCCCCGUCUCGCCCUCCUCUCCGGCUGAAGCCUCCUCCGCCGCCGCAUCUUCCCGGCGCGGAGGCGGACUGGCCCGGCGAUGGAGCGGAUCCACGUCUCCGUGCGCGCGCGGCCGCUCUCGGUGGAGGACGCUCGCGGUAGCCCGUGGCGGGUCUCCGGCAACGCCGUCGCGCUCUCGACCCAGCCCUCCACCCGCUUCGAGUUCGACAGGAUCUUCGGCGAGGAGUGCCGCACCGCCGAAGUCUACGGGGCCCGCACCAAGCACAUCGUCGACUCCGCGGUGCGAGGUUUCAACGGCACUGUUUUUGCAUAUGGACAAACUAACAGUGGCAAGACCUAUACAAUGAGAGGAUCUGCUAAUGAACCUGGGAUAAUACCUCUUGCAGUUCACGAUCUAUUUAAAACUAUUGAGGAGCAUUUGGACCGAGAAUUCCUUCUCCGUAUGUCUUACAUGGAAAUUUAUAAUGAGGAAAUAAAUGAUCUUCUUGUCCCAGAACAUCGAAAGUUGCAGAUACAUGAAAGCAUUGAGAGGGGCAUAUAUGUUGCUGGUUUAAGAGAGGAAAUUGUUACAUGUCCUGAACAAGUACUGAAAUUUAUGUCAUUUGGAGAAUCUCACCGUCAUAUUGGGGAAACAAACAUGAAUGUGUACAGCAGUCGUUCUCAUACAAUAUUUCGCAUGGUAAUUGAGAGUCGGGAAAAAGUUGAUGAUAGUGACGCAGGAGAAUCGUGUGAUGCUGUUCGAGUAUCUGUUCUGAAUCUGGUAGACUUAGCUGGUUCAGAACGUGCCGCAAAGACUGGUGCUGAAGGUGUCAGACUUAAGGAGGGCUCUCACAUCAACAAAAGUCUUAUGACCCUUGGUACGGUCAUCAAGAAGCUAAGUGAAGGGAUAGAAGGUCAGGGGGGACAUGUUCCUUACCGGGAUAGUAAGUUGACAAGGAUUUUGCAACCUGCUCUGGGUGGAAAUGCCAAUACGGCUAUCAUUUGUAAUAUAACUCUUGCACAGGUUCAUGCUGAUGAGACCAAAAGCAGCUUACAAUUUGCUAGUAGAGCGUUACGUGUUACAAAUUGUGCAUGUGUUAAUGAGAUUUUAACAGAUGCUGCGUUAUUAAAACGCCAACGGAAAGAAAUUGAAGAACUUCGAGCAAAACUAAGGAACUCUCAAAGUGAUCAUUGGGAGGAAGAAAUUCUGAAUUUGCGGAACACACUACUACAGAGUGAACUGGAAAAGGAGAGAAUAGCUUUGGAGCUGGAGGAGGAAAAGAGAGCCAAAGAGCAGCGUGAUAAGAGGUUGAUUGAGCAAGCAAAGAAAAUCGAAAACCUUAGUUCAUUGGUAUUAAAUUCAGAAAGGGAUGACAGAACUACUGUUUCUAGUAAGAACAAAAGGCGGUUGACCUGGUGUCCUGGACUACGCUCAAGGCAAUUUGAUGGUCAGGUUUUAGAACCUGUCCAAGAAGGCAUUUCAAGCAGCAUGGUUCGACAUGGACGUAACAGGGAGAUGCCACUGUGUUUUGAAGAGCUAAUAGAGGAAAAUUGUGAUAGCAAUAUUGAACACUGUGCUGAUGCUUGCUUAUCUGGUGAUUUAUCCAAUGAAGAUGAUUCUCUUCCAGAUUCACAUGCUUUGUUACAUGUUACCAGUCGAAGAAAGCCAAAUAUGACGAAGAUAUCAGAUCAAGAACAACUUAUGGGGUUAGCAGGCGAACCAAUGAUAACCCAAUACCCUAAUGAAUACACCAGAGAAUGUCAGGAAAACAUCAAACAUUGUGUUAGCAGUUUAUCUGCUCGAGAGUCUGAAGCAAUUCUUGUCAUUAAGCAACUUGAAGAUCAGAUAAAGUUGCUGGAGUUAGAGAAGGCUUCUAUUCAAAAUAACUUGGACGAUGUUCUUGAAUUAGCAACUCAGCAGAAGGUUUCUUUCAGUGAGAAGUAUGAAGAGCUUCAACAGAAUGCUCUUGUGGCACAAGAACAAGCAAAAAUUGCUAACGAGAAGCUUUCCUCUCUAUGUACUACAGGAAAAUUCAAACAAGAAAUAGCAUAUGAAAUCUUCACUGGUAUAUCUGUGGAGAUUGAAGGCAUAGCUGUGCAAAUGGAUCAAUCAACACACUCAGUUGACAGUGCUCUUUCUUUUAUUGAAGAACUCUUCAAGAAUCUCUUCAUGAUGGCCGAAUGCAUAAUUGAAGUAAAACAGUCUGUUUGUGGAGACAUUACACAGUUGAGUUCUGUCGUUAGGGAUUACGAGAACAUUUCAAACUAUUUGAGAAAAAGGAUCAGCAAACUUGAAAUGGAGAAGAAACUAUUAGAUGACCAAUCUCUUGAUCAGAAAAAUGAACUUCAGAGGUUGAAAUCCACUCUGGAAAGUUGUGAGAAAGCUAUGGAGGAUUGUAAUAUUCAAAACGAGCUGGAGAAAGACAGCAUUCUAUCGGAACUAUUAACUCUCCAAAAGGAAGUCACAUCCUUGUCAUCAUCUUCUUUGAUGAAAGAAAAGGAGUCUAUUCGAAAGGAACUUGACAGAACAAGAACAAAGCUAAAAGAGACUGAGAACAAACUUAAGAAUUCCGUUCAAGAAAAGAUAAAACUUGAGAGUGAAAAAGCAGAGGCCCAUAGGGAAAUAAAAAAGUUGCAGAGCCAAAGGACUCUUCUUGAACGUGAUUUACGGAAACGUGAUUCACUCACUGUUGACAAAAGACAUGAAAUGAAUGUGAAGACGAAGGAGCUUGCUGGUAUCUAUGAUCAAGCAGUUCAAAUUCAGGAGGACUAUGGGAAGCUUGAGAUGCAUGCUUUUGAUAUGGAAGCUGAAAUUGCUUCGUUACAAGAAGCUUUAGUUACUUCAAUUGCAGAAAAGGAAGAAGCAUUAUCUAGAGUGGACCUUCUCACAUCGGCACUGAAAGAUCUUGAAAGUAGGUUAAAUUCCGCAGAAUCAGAGACUAAUUCCUUGGUUGAGGAGAUUGCUGUCUUGACUAAGAAGUUAGAUGCAUCUGAAUCUAUCUCUAAAGAUCUUGAGGCUUCUAUCAGUUCAUUAACAAGGGAAAAGGAAGAUAUGGGAAUUCAACUUACUGAUGUCCUUCUGGAAAUGGAGUCUGAAAGAUCAAUGUGGGCAGCCAAGGAGAAAGUUUAUCUUGAAGCCAAACAAAAACUGGAUAUCUGCAAUGAGAAUAAUUGCAAAGUAUCAGAAGAUUUGGUUAAGGUGAGGCAAGAAUUGAAGUGUUGCCGAGAACAAUACAGUAUUCUUGAGGGCAAAAUGAUGCUUUCCAGUAAGAAUGGCACAGAUGAGAAAAUCUGCUGGGAGAUUUGUGAAGAAUCAGAACCAGUCAUGAAGAAAGAAAGAAGCAUCGACAAUCAUGUGAAUGAAAAUGAGCUUCGCCAACAACUAUCGAUGAUCACAGAAGAACGUGACAAGUUACUUUCUGAGACAAAGCAUAUGAGUUUAGUCAUCAAUGAAUCAGAGGUUUUAAAAGAGAACUACGGUAACAAGUUAAUGCAGGCCAAAGCAAAUAUAGACGAGUUGAGUUCUAGGAUAUCUACCAUGGAAGCCAAGAUGAAAAGUGAUGCUUUGGCUUAUAACAAACAGAAGACAAAGCUUAGCAUGCAGAUUAGGAGGAUGCAGCCAGAACUUGAUGCAUAUCGCGGAAGGCUUAAAGAAUCAAUAAAUGAGAUGAAGCUCAUGGACACGAAGUAUCAGGAAGCAUCCGCCAAGCUGAAGAAGGAGCUUUCCUACUACUGUCGCGAAGUUCUGAAGUUGAGAGAGAAGCUUAAAGAAUCACAGGAUACAACUUGACGCUGUAACACCUUUCUGCUGCACAAUUCAUGUGUGGAGAGACUCGUGGUACUAACCAUAGAACAAGCAAUUGGUAUUGCCUCAAUGCCACUUCAUACAUCAACAAUAGUUCGAUAAUUUCCUGUAAAUCAUUGCUUAUUAAUGUUCCCGAAUAUCAAAUUACCAAGUAGUGGACCUGUCUACUGCCUUUAAGGCUUUAACAGCUUUGCUCACACUGCAGUAUAGAUAGGGUGAGCUAUUCAGAUUGUAGACAAAGUUCCAAAGACGACAUUUCUGGGCCUCUGUAGCACUGGAAAAAUUAAGGUCGGAAUAUGCUGUUCCAUAAUAUGGUUUGAUAUUACCAUGUAAAAUAGGUUUGUGCUUAUAGGAUGCUGCUCCUGGUUGUUAGUAACUUAUAGGGCUCCUUUGGAACGGAGAAAUUUUAGAGGAAUUUUGCAGGUUAUGAAUCCUUGGUCACUCUCUUUCCAAAUUCCUAUUUGAUUUUCCUGUAAAGUAACCAAAUAACAUGAUAGAGCAAUUUCUGUGUUUUGGUAUUCCAUAGGAUAAAGUUUG